UAGGGCAUUUUAGUUUCUUGGAUUCUUUGCACCGUGUGAUUGAUUUGUGAUCUUUUGUAUUUUGAGUUAAAAACUACAAAAAACGAUGUCAUUUUUGGCGCAAUCAGUGCGCCAGGUGCUGCGGCAGGUGCCCAAUCGCAGUUCAGCAUUAGCAGGUGCCAUGCGUUCGCUGAGCAUUUCGCCGGCUUUGGGGCAGCAAAACAAACCAGCGGCGAAAUCGGUGGACGUAUCUGCCAUAGCCAAAGAGCAACAAAAGGAGGGCCAGAACAUUUGCGAGCGAAUCAACCGUCAGGUGCAAAAAUCAGAGCAGGGGCGGCUUUUCGCUGUGGUUCAUCUGUGCGGUAAACAAUUUAAAAUAACCCCCGGCGACAUUAUUGUGGUCGAGGGAUACUGGCCCCCAACGGCGGGCGAUGAGAUUAGCUUGGAUAAGGUACUGCUGGCGGGAGCCCGGGACUUCACCCUCGUCGGAAGACCCAUUCUGGAACCCGGACUCGUUUCCGUGAAGGCCACCGUAGUGGAGAAGACCCUCAGCCACACGAAAACCCACUUCCGGAAGAAGCGCAGGAAGCAGUACAUGAGAAUCAACUUCCAGCGAUCCCCACACACCAUGGUCAGGAUCAAUUCGAUCGAACUGGCUCGUCCGCUAGACGCGAAUGCUGAGGAAAAGGAGCCACCGAGGCGCUUGUUUUAGUUAAAAUGUUAUUAAUCGAAAAUAAAAAACGUAAUCAUUGGAAGGUAAA